CGAAGACUACACUCGCGGAUAAUAUUCGCCAUUUUAAGCACUUCUAAAGUUGGAUUGAAGAUUCCCCUCAGAAGGUCCAAAUGAAUGAAUUCUUAUUGCUUCUGUGUCUCGUCUCUUUGGGAUACAGUGAGGAAAUAAAUAUCAAACUAGUAGAUAACUGGCCCAGUGGUUUCAAAAUGAAGAUUAGCCAUAUUAUGUCUCAGAGUGUAACAGGAGGGUGGAAGAUGUCACUCAAGUUUUCAAAGCCGAUAGGGCAGCUUCAAGCUCCCAAUGCUCGUCGGUUGUCUUCUGCUCAGGGUAAUAGCGUUUUCUGUUUAAGGAAUCAGCAGUACAAUGGGAAUCUCAAGGCUGGAUCUAAAUUGGAAAUGGAGUUUAUUGGGGAAAAGGCGAAAAACAAUGAAGCUGCUCCUUCCGCAACUCUAGAAUUUCACCCGGGAAGAAACGCCAAAUGCGACAUGUCCCCAUUCCCAACAGUAAUCCCACCGGGGGCGACUCCCCCAGUUCAAGAAAAGUCCAUUGCAAGAUUGAUUGAAGAAUGGCCGAAUGGAUUUAAAAUGAAAAUUAGUAUUCUUAUGCAGCAGAAGGUCGAGGGAGGCUGGGAGAUGACACUUACAUUCCCCAUUGCUGUGAGGGCGCUUCAAACGCCAAAAGCGUUCAAGAAAUGGCGAUCCAGUGAUCGCAAGGUAUACAUCCUGGAAAACAGACCCUAUAACGCCAAUCUUGAUAAAUGUUCAAGGCUUGAGAUGAUCAUUAUUGGAAGGAAACAAAUGAAUUCUGACCCGCCGAGUGAAGCCACGAUUGAGUUUCGCCGGAAAGAGAGCUGGAUUGGAGGAGGUGAGGGAGGAUGUACUUUUAGUACUACCCAACCACCAACCACCACAGAGGAACCAGGGACAUCAAUGCCACCAGUUACCGCAGAACCACCUACUGGCACAGAACCACCAACUAGCACCAAACCAACAACCAAAGAGCCAGUGACAGCCACAGAGCCACCAACUACCAUAGAACCAACAACUACCAAUGGACCAACAACUGUCACAGAGCCACCAACCACUAAAGAGCCAGAUACCACAGAGCAACCGGCUACCAACGGACCAACAACUAUCACCGAGCCUCCAGCAACCACAGAACCCCCAACUACCAACUUACCAACAACUGUCACAGAGCCACCAACUGCCACCGAAUUACCAACCACUAAAGAAGUAACCACCGAAAGACCACUAGCUACCACAGAGUCACCAUCUACGAAAGUACCUUCAACCACCACAGAACAGCCAACUGAGCUACCCACCACGAAUAAACCCAGCAGUGCUCCCCCACCAUUUGAUUAUGACGCAGUACUUCACGAUUCCAUUUUGUUUUACGAAGCUCAACGAUCAGGUAAACUUCCUUCCUCCAACCGAGUUCCCUGGCGGAAAGACUCAGCACUCGGUGACCGCGGUGAUAAUGGCGAGGACCUGACUGGUGGCUGGUAUGAUGCAGGAGAUCACGUAAAGUUUGGGUUCCCGAUGGCGUUUAGUGUUACUAUGUUGUCUUGGGGCUUAGUGGAGUAUAGAGAUGCUUAUGAAGAUGCUGGAGAGUUGAGCUACAUGCUGGACUCCAUUAAGUGGCCCUUGGACUAUUUUAUGAAAGCACACACGAAACAAGAUGAGUUCUAUGGACAGGUUGGUGAUGGCAAUGCUGAUCAUGGUUACUGGGGCAGACCAGAGGACAUGACCAUGAGAAGACCAGCCUGGAAGAUCACUCCUCAGAAACCAGGAUCAGACCUGGCCGCUGAGACAGCUGCAGCCCUUGCUGCGGCUUCAAUCGCUUUCCGAUCCACAGACAUCAGCUAUUCAAUGAGACUUCUUCAACACGCUGCUGAACUUUAUGACUUUGCAGAUAAAAACCGUGGGCUGUAUAGUGAUUCCAUUCCUAAUGCAGCCAGCUUUUACCGCUCGCACAGUGGAUAUAAAGACGAACUCGUCUGGGGUGCAGCUUGGCUGUACAAAGCUACCCAAGAUCAAAAGUAUCUCUCUAAGGCCGAACAGUACUACAAUGAUUUUGCCAUGAAUGGAAAACCUUGGGCGUUUUCAUGGGAUGACAAAAAAGGCGGCGUUCAGGUCCUCUUGGCUGCAAUCACAAACAAAGCUUCGUACAAACAAGCUGUGGAUACUUUUAUAACGAGUUGGCUUCCCGGACACGAAGUCCACUACACUCCAAAAGGCCUCGCCUGGCGUGAUCAGUGGGGUCCAAACCGCUACUCGGCCAACACUGCCUUUUUGGCUCUUGUCGCCGCUGACCAUGGAAUAAGACCGACUGCGUUCCGCAACUUCGCAAAGCAACAAAUUCACUACAUGUUGGGUGAUAGCGACCGCAGUUUUGUGGUAGGGUUCGGUACCAACCCACCAGAAAGGCCUCACCAUCGCAGCAGUUCUUGCCCAUUGUCUCCCGUCCCUUGCAGUUGGAAUGACUUUAACAAGCCAGACCCCAACCCGCAAAUUUUGUACGGUGCUUUAGUUGGAGGCCCGGGUAAGAAUGACGAGUACAAAGAUGACAGAACAGAUUUUAUCAAGAAUGAGGUGGCCACGGAUUACAAUGCUGGAUUUCAGUCGGCCGUGGCUGGACUGAAACAUUUGUCAUUGACAGGGAAGCUAUAAGUGAAGAGAAAUGAUAGUUGCAUUUUUUUGGAAGAUUAACAAAGCAACCAACAGUUCAGUGUAGCUAAGGUUAGGCAGGAAUAAAGGUGAUUGUUUCAUGUGU